CACAUGUAGUGGGAGUCACUGUUGCCUCUACAGUAUCAAAUGCAAGGCACAGCUUUGCACGGAAGGCAGCUGCUUUCCAAGUUGUAAUAGGCUGUUAAGUUGGCUUCUUUAGGUUUCCUGAAGUCCUUGCAGAACUAAUGAACAGUUCUGAUGCUAUUCAAAGGGCUUGCACUUGUGAAUUUGUGUGGAUGGGUAUGGUUUCCUCAGUGUCUGAAUCAAAUUUAUUCAAGUCUUUUUGUAACCUGGGUGUUGUUAGCACAUUCCUUUCCCAUUAUGCUAUAGUGUAAGAAAAUCAUCUCUCACAGGAGCAGUGUGGCAUCUUCCCACUUUCGCUGCAGGACCUGGCCUGUCUCAGAGCAGCAUUUGUUUCCCCUGGGAACUAUGCAGCAGCAAUAGGAGACAAAGUAGAUCCUGCUCCAAGAUUGCAAGUAUCCGUCACCUAAGCUAAGGGAAAACACCUAUUAAAUACCACCUGCAGAAAGCCUGAUAAGGUAGUAAUUGCCAAUUCUGACCACAUGUGUAUAUAUAUGUAACAUACAUUGAACAUACAAAUCACUACAGGUUAGAGGGCUGUGAUUUGCAUUCAUCUAAAUUUUCCUGGGAUACAACAGAAGAGCAAUGCACUAGAGAUUUAAACACUUUUUGCACCAGAUUGCAUGCACCAGAUUUAAACACUUUUUAAAAAGAAAGGCUCACAACUUACAGCAGAAAUGCUGUCACAGCUUGAAGCAGUGAUUGAGUGCCUGGUGGGAGGGCAGGGCCAACCCAGGGGAGCACAGGUGCAAGCAACAGGUGCAAGCAAUGCCCCUGAGUGACUGGAAGGGUGGAAUCAGGAUCCAACCUUUCACAGACCUCAUUUAAGGGUUGACAGUGGAGAGUCUCUUGCUGGAGAUUCCUGCCUACUGGUUGCCUUCCUAGGGAGAUUGAAAAAGCCUGGAAAAUGGUGGAUGCAGCCUAUGAAAAGGAACAGAAAGCAAAGGAAACAAUUCAUUCACUACAGGAGGAAAUAGUACGCCUAACUAAUUCAGUGGAGCAGGGAUCUGGACUGUCCUCCAGUCAGGAAUACAAUAUCAGUGAAUUGAUAAAAUACAAAGAAGAGAUAACAAAGGAGCGAGACCAGCUCUUGUCAGAGGUUGUGGAGUUACGUCAAAGUCUAACUCAAGCCACAGAGCAGCAGCAGGAUACAGAGAGGGCAAAGAAUGAGGCAGAUGAAGCUAUUUUGCAGCUUCAGCAAGAAAUCCAAAGGCGUAACAAUGAGGUAUCACGAGAAGCUCGGAAGAAAGAAAAAAUGGACAAGGAUCUGAAAAAUCUUCAAGCUGAAAUAGUUAAUAAGCAGGCUGAGAUCAAGAAUUUACAGCAACGUGUACAAAAGAACAAAGAGGAACAACUGAAAAUGGAACAAAAUCUGAAAGAGCAGAAGAUGGUGAAUGAAAGAACUGGUAAGGAACUUGAGCAACUUCAGAUGAGAAAUAAGAAGCUUGUGCAAGAGAGUGAGCAGCACAGUGUGAUGUUUCAAGGAGUAGUGCAGGACCUUCACAAAAAGUCAAUGGAACUGAAAGCCAGAGAUGAUGAACUGACUCAAAUGCACCUUGAAAUUUCAAAGAUGAAUAAAGUAAGAGAUGUUCUCCAGGGUAAGUUACGUGCUGCAGAGGAAAAGAAAGUUGCUGCAGGACAUGAGAAAGAGACCCUAAAAAGUCAAAUAUCCGGUCUAGAGAGAGAGUUGGAGGUUGCCAAAAAGCAAGCAGAGAUUGACAAGAAAGCUAUAGAUGAUCUUGUGAGGGAGAAGGAUACACUGAGCAAGAACUUGAACAAGGCCACCAAUGCCAUUCAGAAGCAGAUAGAUUUGGUCAAGCUUCAUGAAAAGUCCAAGAAAAACUUAGAAGAAGAAAUUCAAAAUUAUAAGAACGAAGCUCAGAAACAAAGGAAGAUUAUUUACCAGUUGGAGAAAGAUAGAGAUUGUUUCAUCAGUGAAGCCAGUGAUCUCAAACAGAAGGUCCUCCAGCACCUGAAAGAUGUUGAAAUACGAGAAGUGAAGAUCUGUGAUUAUGAGAAGAAAAUAGAAGAAUCUGAGAUUAAAUUAAAACAGCAACAAAACCACUGUGAAACUGUGAGAACAGAGAGGAACCUGUACAGUAAAAAUCUGAUUGAAGCAAAGGAUGAGAUAACAGAAAUGAAGAAGAGACUGAAAACUGUGACCCAUCAGGGGGAUCAACUGAAAGAGGAGAUCACAAAGAAAGAAGAAGCUCUUGCGAAGGCACAGCUAGAACAUCAGCAACUAGAGAGGGAAAAAGAAUCAUUGAAAGCUGAAUUACUUAAGAUGAAAAAACAAGCUCUGGAGACCAAGAACUUUAUAGAAAAUCAGGAGGCAGAAGAGAGAAAACUCCUGAAAAUUAUUGCUGAUGCUGAUGCUGAGAGGCUGAAGCAGAAGAAGGAAUAUGACCAGGUUAUUAAUGAGAGAGAUGUCCUUGGGUCCCAGCUUGUUCGGCGCAAUGAUGAGGUGGCUCUUCUCUACGAAAAGAUCAAAAUCCAGCAAUCCAUCUUAAACAAGGGUGAGACUCAGUACAGGCAGAGAAUGGAAGACCUUCGGCUUCUCAAGCUGGAGAUCAGAAAGCUUCGUCGUGAGAAGGGAAUACUUGGUAAAACUGUGGCUAAUGUAGAGGAACUCAGACAGGAGGUUCAUCACAUGCGGAAGGAGCUAUUAAGAGAACAGACUCGGUGCAAAGUUUUGGAAGAAGAACUGGAGAAUCCCUUGAAUGUUCACAGAUGGAGAAAACUCGAGGCCAGUGACCCAAGUACCUAUGAACUGAUCCAGAAAAUACAGAGGCUACAGAAGCAGCUUAUCAGCAAGACAGGUGAAGUGAUAGAAAAAGAACUGCUCCUACAGGAAAAGGAGAAACUAUAUGUGGAAUUGAAGCAUGUCCUUGCCCGGCAGCCAGGACCUGAAGCUGCAGAACAGUUGCAGCUCUACCGGCACACUCUCCGAGAGAAGACCAAACAGCUGAAAAUUUUGUCCUCAGAACUGAAUAUGUAUGAAUCACAGAGCCAAGAAUACAAAUAUGAAAUUGAGAGGCUUGCCAACGAGCUUCUGAAUGUGAAAAAGAAAUAUCUGGCUCAGAAACGCAAGGAACAACAGGCCAAGGAGAAGGAGCGAUCCUUGGCUGAAAGGGAAUCUGAGUUCCCACACCUCAGAUCUGAUGUUCCUCGCUUCACUGGAGGGGGCUUUGCUCUCAGCAGACCCAUUCCAAAAGUCACAGCUUAGGAGUGGACUCAUCACUUUCCCAGUCUCUUGCUAAACUCUGUCUAGGCUGGAUUGUUUGACAAAUGAGAAUUCAGAAAGAAAUUCCAUAUCAACUUUUGCUCUGAAAUCACUGUAUUGCCUUCAGGAUAAUAAAGGCAUUUUGUGUUAGAACUAACCUACUUGUGGUUUAGAAACAGUGGUCUAAAUCUGCACGUAUGAUGCCAGCAGAAACCUGAACUGUAGAACUGAGUGGAAAGAGGGAUGUGCAUGAAGACCAUGCAGAUAUCUCUUCAAUACUGUAUCUCUUUAUUUAGCACAGUAACACCACAAAAUGUCUUAAAACGUGGAGAGAUUUCCCCUUUAUCUACCUCUGUUGUAAGCACUCGCUCCAUUUGUCAUCUGAGUCAAAACACCUGAAAGAAAAGUGAAAACAGAAAAGAAAAAUUAAUAAGCUGAUGUUCCAAGCCCUACUGUGCAAAUGCAAAAUUAACAACUCUGCUCUUAGAUGUACACAUGUAGCAGCUCUUUGUGCAGGUGGUAUAUAAUUUGGUUUAUUCAGUGUUUGCUGCUGUUGUUAGUAAGAUCAAGGAGGCUUGCGGCUGCAAAGUGCAUUAUUAAGAAUGUGAUUCUGUUUACUCUGAUAGACACAAAGUGACAUAAUUAUGCCUAUUCAACUGGGGAGACUGCACACUGGCUGGGACGUGCUGUUCUCCCACAUAAAUCCUUCCCAGUAAGUCAAACUUGGACUCAAAAUAUGGGAAACUUUACUCUUUAAUUUCUAGGCUUGGGCAUUUUUGUAACUUUCAGAAAUUGUUUUUGUAAUGCAGCAGGAGCCCUCCAACCUUUUCAGCCAAAAGAGAUUUAAUUACCAUUCAUUAACAAGUGAAAUAACAAAGUCACGGCAUGAGGUGCCGAAGUAUAGAAAACUUUCAAGCUGUAAAAUAAAAUGUUUUCAAACUGAUUUGUACGUGGAAGCUCUUUCUCAGCCUGGGGGAUAAAAAUACUUGUCCAAAGAGAUAUGCUGAUAAAUAUUUCACAUGCACCAAAAAAAAAACCCAAAAAACCCUUUGCAAAGAUUUUGUUCUUUCCUUUGGUGGAAUACAUAAUUAAAUAUUAAAGCUACUGUGGGAAACUUUUAAUGGAAGUGUUUAAUUCAAAAGAAUCAAGUUAAAUACGACAGGGAUCUACUUUGCUUUUACACUGGGGACCAGAACACUUAGUCAUCAGAUCCAUUGUAUUUUUCUUUUGUUCCCAAAAUAGAUAUUAUUGCUUUAUCUCCGCUGAGUGCAUUAUGCUAAAGUUAUCAUUUUAGGGCAGUCAUGCUGUCUGAAUCGUGUCUUUUGUGUACCUGACAUAUCCUUAUAGUUAGAAUAACUGAGAAUAACUGACAUGGGUGCUUCAGUUUGAUGGGAUCCCAAGAAGGUUUUAAGAGCAGUGUUUGUUAGGAGCCCGAGUAUCCAA